AUGGAAAUUCCUAUCAGACUGGCCGCCAUGAUGGUCCUGCUGGUGACAGUGACAGCGCAUCCACACAGAAAGCACUGCCACAUGUCCAGAUACAGAUCUGUGUCCCCCAGUGAUAUAAGGGCAGUCAGACGCCUGCACAAUGAACAUGAGAAAAGCCCUUUCAGCAAUGGGAUAAAAUGUCAGAAGAAACUGUUUCGCCAGAAGCCAUCUGUAUGUGACCUGAAGGCAAGUGACAGACUGAUUCUGACUCUGGAGAGAGUUACCAUGGCUGUACGUGUGCUGACAAACAUGACAGAGUCUCCACUUAGUGAAUUCGUAUCCCAGCCGCUUGAGUUUUUCCAUAGCCUGGAAGAUGAUCUGAAGCACUGUAGGAAGUCUCCAUUGUACAGUGACCCUCCCUCCCAACAGCUGAUGCCGUGGCUGAACCAUCUCAAGCAUUUCAGGGAAAGGGUUUCCUCUCAGUGUGUGCAGGAUGCCGUGUUACUCAGCCUAACCCAGCUCCUAAUUGAAGAUGUAAUGUGUUGGGCUAAUAAGGAAUAAUGCCCUGCUCUCUCCAGGAGCAGAGUCAGUAGAAUCCAUAUGGACAGAUUAUCCCACAAGCUUCCCCUGCUCUACAAGCCUGCACAUCCCUAUCAGAGCCCAUACACAGGAGGCACCGGAUCAUUUACUCCUGCUCCAGACUGUCAGUCAUUCACAGCAAUCCUCAUAUAGAGUAUGGGCAGUACCCAGCUUCUUAUACCUCUACCUGCCAUUGUGCCCAUUGGACUGAUAAUUGGACUGGACUGGA